AAGAAGAAAGAGAAGAGUCCCGUCGGCGUGUGGAGAAAGUGUGUUUGAGCUCCAACAGUGUUACUAGCAGAGCCUCUGGAUGUGAAGCUUCAUCGGCCAGAUUAGACUUUGUGCUUCACACUUGUUUUCUGAAUGUUUUGCCUCUGACUCAUCUCCUACAAAGCUAUCGGAGUUAGCUUAGCAUGCUAGCUGUAAACAGACAGUCAGAGUGACUGACGGAGAGCAAACCGCGUUUUUAACUGAGUUCUUGUGGAGAAAACGUUUCUGUCAGUGUGUGGAGAUGUCCAAAGGUGAAAUGCUGAGAGUCUUGGUGAAGCAGCGAAUAACUGCGGCUGCUGAAGAGAUAUUCGGGCUGUUUGAAAGAACGAUAACAGAGUACGAGGAGGAACUGAGUCGGUCAAAAGAGGAGAACAAGCGACAACAGAAACUACUGGACGCUGUUUACAACCCUCAGCUUCGGCUACACAGAGCAGAUUCCCAGCAGCUGUUGGUAGAUAACGAAGAAAUGACCUCUGAGCAGCAGGACUGGAGCUCCAGUCUGGACCAGGAGGACCCAGAGCCCCCACAAAUUAAAGAGGAACAGGAGGAACUCUGGAUCAGUCAGGAGGGAGAGCAGCUUGCAGGGCUGGAGGAGGCUGAUCUCACUAACGAACAAAUCACUCUUGUCACUGUGAAGAGUGAUUCUGAGGAAGAGUCCUCACAGCUUCUUCAAAAACAAAUUGAACAGAUGAAAACAGAAGCUGAUGAAGAGGACUGUGGAGGACUAGAACCAGCCAGGAACUCGGAUUCAGAUUCACAUUUGCAACCAAAAACUGAAGAGAGGUCUGGAGACUCUUCUGAAGUUGAGACUGAUGACAGUGGUGAUUGGAAUGAGACCAGGGAAACUCAGUCAUCUUUAAAAUCUUUGACAAAUGGUGACAUUCCUGUCAGUGAUUCAGGAUGUAGUACUGGUGCGAAUCAAUUACGCUGCUCUGAUUGUGGGAAAAUAUAUAAAACCAAGAAAACUCUGAUGAUACACAAAAGAACUCAUACAGGAGAGAAACCUUUUAUCUGCUCAGUUUGUGGUAAAAGAUUUCUGCUCAAACAUUAUCUGAAGUAUCACAUGAUGAAUCACACAGGAGAGAAACCUUUCACGUGCUCAGUGUGCAGCAAACGUUUCGCUACACAUGCAUAUCUGAGAAUACACAUGAGAACUCACACAGGAGAGAAGCCUUUCCAAUGCUCCGUCUGUAAAAGACGUUUUUCUCACAGUGGAGCUGUGCAGAUACACAUGACAACCCACACAGGAGAGAAAUCUUUUCUCUGCUCUUUUUGCGGGAAACGAUUUAGCUCAAGGUCACAUCUGGUCUUACACACAAGAUAUCAUACAGGAGAGAAACCUUACAGCUGCUCUGUGUGUAACAAAAGGUUUGUGCAAUCAGCUCAUAUGAAGCGUCACAUGAUGACUCAUACAGGAGAGAAACCUUUCGACUGCUCAGUGUGUAGUGAAAAAUUUAGGUAUAAAGAACAACUGGCACAACACAUGACCCAUCACAGAGGGAAGAAAGUGGAGCAGAAAAACCCACAGUAACUAUAUAUAUAU